AGACCGAGAAGGGGAGCCCGGGUGGGAGGGCCUUGCGCUUCAGGGCCCGUGGCUGGUUUAGCCGGUGUUGUGGUUGGUACUUCGCUGAUGGGGAGGCUCUCAGGUUGCCCGGAACAUACUUCCCAAUGGGUGAUGGUGGAAAAUUAGCGGGUAGGAAAUCUUGAGGGUCGGAGGCAUUUUUUUUUUCUCUUGGCUCCGCCCUCUUCCCCGUUCAGCGACCUGGGCGUCUGGCCCACCGAGGGGGAAGGGCGGCUUGGCCGGGCCUGUGCGCACGCGCGAUCCCGGUGUGUGAGUGUUCGUGCUCGCGCGCACGCGCGCGCGCUCCCGCACUUAGGAAGCUGGGGAAGAAGCGGAGUGCUGAGCGAUGAGCGGGGGAAAGCCCAGUCCCCUGCCGUGGGUACCAGACGCUCCUGACCGUGCGCUGGCCCUCCCCACCCAACCGGCAGCCUUUGCCUGAGCGGCCGUGGUCCAUAGCCUCUGUGCGUUUCCACUUCAGGACCAGGCACGAAAGUAAGCUAACCUCAGCCCUGAGGUCUUCCCUACCCGCUCACCUUGUGCUGUCCACCCCGCACCCUCCCGCAGAGGGUGUCUCGAUUCCUCCAAGAAGAGUUUUGCAUGAAGGGGAAAUGCGUGCGGAAGCAAGGAGAAGCCAAUAGCAGGAUCGUAAAAAGUUAAAACAAAAUGAAGAUUUUUUCUGAAUCUCAUAAAACAGUCUUUGUUGUGGAUCACUGCCCUUACAUGGCAGAAUCAUGCAGACAACAUGUUGAGUUUGAUAUGUUGGUGAAGAACAGGACCCAAGGCAUCAUCCCAUUGGCCCCUAUAUCUAAAUCAUUGUGGACUUGCUCAGUAGAAUCUUCCAUGGAAUACUGUAGAAUAAUGUAUGAUAUAUUUCCUUUCAGAAAACUGGUGAAUUUCAUUGUGAGUGACUCUGGAGCACAUGUUUUAAAUUCCUGGACUCAAGAAGACCAAAAUUUGCAAGAGCUAAUGGCAGCAUUAGCUGCUGUUGGGCCCCCUAAUCCACGGGCAGAUCCAGAAUGCUGCAGUAUUCUACAUGGCCUCGUUGCAGCAGUGGAAACCCUCUGUAAAAUUACGGAAUACCAACAUGAGGCCCGUACUCUACUAAUGGAGAAUGCAGAACGUGUUGGCAAUAGGGGGAGAAUAAUUUGCAUUACUAAUGCAAAAAGUGAUAGUCAUGUGCGAAUGCUUGAGGACUGUGUUCAGGAAACGAUUCAUGAGCAUAACAAGCUUGCUGCAAAUUCAGAUCAUCUCAUGCAGAUUCAGAAGUGUGAGCUGGUUUUGAUCCAUACCUACCCUGUUGGUGAAGACAGCCUUGUAUCCGAUCGUUCCAAAAAAGAGUUGUCCCCUGUUUUAACCAGCGAAGUUCAUAGUGUUCGUGCAGGACGGCAUCUUGCUACCAAAUUAAAUAUUUUAGUACAGCAACAUUUUGACUUGGCUUCAACUACUAUUACAAAUAUUCCAAUGAAGCCCACAUUCAGUGUCUUUGACCAGGAAGAACAACAUGCUAACACAUCUGCCAAUUAUGAUGUGGAGUUACUUCAUCACAAAGAUGCACAUGUAGAUUUCUUGAAAAGUGGUGAUACCCACUUAGGUGGUAGCAGUAGAGAAGGCUCGUUUAAAGAAACAAUAACAUUAAAAUGGUGCACACCCAGGACAAAUAACAUCGAAUUACACUAUUGCACUGGCGCUUAUCGAAUUUCACCUGUAGAUGUAAAUAGUAGACCUUCUUCCUGCCUUACUAAUUUUCUUCUAAAUGGUCGUUCUGUUUUAUUGGAACAACCACGAAAGUCAGGUUCCAAAGUCAUCAGUCAUAUGCUUAGUAGCCAUGGAGGAGAGAUAUUUUUGCACGUCCUGAGUAGUUCUCGAUCCAUUCUAGAAGAUCCGCCUUCAAUUAGUGAAGGAUGUGGAGGAAGAGUUACAGACUACCGGAUCACAGAUUUUGGUGAAUUUAUGAGGGAAAACAGAUUAACUCCUUUUCUAGACCCCAGAUAUAAAAUCGAUGGAAGUCUUGAGAUCCCUUUGGAACGAGCAAAAGAUCAGUUAGAAAAACACACCCGUUACUGGCCUAUGAUUAUUUCUCAAACCACCAUUUUUAACAUGCAAGCGGUAGUUCCAUUAGCCAGUGUUAUUGUGAAAGAAUCUUUGACAGAAGAAGAUGUGUUAAACUGUCAAAAAACAAUAUACAACUUAGUUGAUAUGGAAAGAAAAAAUGAUCCUCUACCUAUUUCCACAGUGGGUACAAGAGGAAAAGGCCCUAAAAGAGAUGAACAAUACCGUAUCAUGUGGAAUGAAUUAGAAACCCUUGUGAGAGCCCAUAUCAAUAACUCGGAGAAACAUCAAAGGGUCUUGGAAUGUCUGAUGGCCUGUAGGAGCAAACCCCCAGAAGAAGAAGAACGAAAGAAACGAGGAAGAAAGAGGGAGGACAAAGAGGACAAGUCAGAGAAAGCAGUAAAAGAUUAUGAACAGGAGAAGACUUGGCAAGAUUUAGAGAGAUUAAAAAGCAUCUUAGAACGUGGAAAAGAAGAAUUGGCUGAAGCUGAAAUUAUAAAAGAUUCACCUGAUUCCCCAGAACCUCCAAACAAAAAGCCCCUUGUUGAGAUGGAUGAAACUCCACCAGUAGAAAAAUCAAAAGGACCAGUGUCUUUAUUAACCUUGUGGAGUAAUAGGAUCAAUACUGCCAAUUCCAGAAAACAUCAGGAGUUUGCUGGACGUUUGAACUCUGUUAAUAACAGAGCUGAAUUAUAUCAACAUCUUAAAGAAGAAAAUGGAAUGGAGACAACAGAAAAUGGAAAAGCCAGCCGGCAGUGAAGAGUGACUUGAGGAACUAAAUUUACUAUAUUGCAUAAAUAUUUUGGGCAGAAUUUGAUAUAAGUACUUUUACAGCAAGAUUGUAUAGUUAUGUUGCCUGGACUGGUUUUUACAUUUUUAAGAUAUUUCAACUAACUUUAUCUUUUUUGUAUUAAUUGUAAGAUUGGCACAUAUGUCAAAAAAAUACAUUUGAGAUUUGUCCUCCCAAAUCACACAAAUUUAUUUUAUGGUAAAAGGUUUUCCCUCUGGAAAUGUUUUUUAAAAAAUUCUUAGGCUUCUCUUUGCCAAAUAAAACUAUUAAAAAUAUCUGAAAUGCAAAA